AUGUCGCUUAACUCUUCAGGUACUCUCCCAUGGAUGGGAACCUUGCGUGGUCACCGUAGACUCUCACCUGCGUUCACGGCCUGUUUGCUCAUUGUCGCGAUUCCCGCACCCUCUAGGGAGUACUUAUAUGGAUACGCAGGCAUCCACCUUAAGCUUCUCCCAACAGUCACCCGUAAGAUGAUCACGCUAUACGACUUUGGACCAUCUUUUUUCGACAAAGCAAUGGGCACCUCACCCUUUGUUCGAACAAUCAGAUUCGCACUCAACCUGAAGAAGAUCCCAUACAAGGUAAUCGAACUAGGCUUGUUCGACUUGACACCUACAGCAAAAUCCAUCGGUGCCCCACCUACCGGCAAAAAACCAGACGGAACACCCAAAUACACCGUCCCCUUCAUCCAAGAUGAUUCCACAGGAGCCGUCGUAUCUGAUUCCUUCUUAAUCGCC